AUGCGGUUAGCCGUUCUUUUGUUAACGUGUCUCCUCUUCCAGGGGGUGGCACGAGCCGACGAGGUCGAAGUGGUCGAAGCUUUGGCGAGCGACGACAGUCGCAACGACAACAACAACAACCCCGGCAACCAGCAGCAGCAGCAGCAACAGCAACAGCAGCAACAACAAUCACCCAACGACCGUAGCGACGUCCAGAUGUCGUCCAACCACGCGGACGGUAUGUCCACCGAGAGCGAGAACGGCGGGCCCGCGUCGUCCCAAAACCAAUACGGCCAGGCCAACCUGAGGGGCCACCAGCACGUGUCCAACAGAGGCCGGCCCCACCACAGCGUCGUAGCUUACCACGGGCCCCCGCCACCGCCACCACUCGGUUCCAAGUCACCGUCGUCAUCGGCCGUACAGCAACAGCAGCAGCAACGCCCGCUGGACAGCAUCGACAAGAUCUUCGACACGGCGAUCGCGGCGAGCACGAGUUUGGGCGACAACAGUUGGCCCGCGCCCAGCGGCGACAUGCCCAAGAUCGUCUCGCUGGACGUCAAGUGCGAGAAAAAAUCGAUGAAGGUCUACCUGGGCUUCGACAAGCCCUUUUACGGCAUUGUCUUCAGCAAGGGCCACUACAGUAACGCCAAUUGCGUCUACCUUCCGGCAGGCCUCGGCAGGACGUCCAUCAACUUCGAGAUCGGUAUACACGCGUGCGGCACCGCCGGCAACACCGACAACGGCCUCUACGGCUACGGAGCGGAAUCCGGUUCUGGGACCUACUUCGAGAACAUCGUCGUCAUACAGUACGACCCGCAGGUGCAAGAGGUUUGGGAUCAGGCGCGCAAACUGCGCUGCACUUGGCACGAUCUCUACGAGAAAUCGGUAACCUUUCGUCCGUUCCCGGUCGAUAUGCUCGACGUAGUGAGGGCCGACUUUGCUGGCGACAACGUCGGUUGUUGGAUGCAAAUACAAGUGGGUAAAGGGCCCUGGGCUUCCGAAGUCUCGGGCCUCGUGAAAAUCGGACAGACCAUGACCAUGGUGCUCGCCAUCAAGGAUGACGACUCCAAGUUCGACAUGCUCGUGCGUAACUGCAUGGCCCACGACGGCAAAAGAGCCCCCAUACAAUUGGUCGACCAGCGUGGUUGCAUUACGAGGCCAAAGCUGAUGUCGCGCUUCACGAAAAUCAAGAAUUUCGGAGCGAGCGCCUCCGUCCUCUCGUACGCCCAUUUCCAAGCCUUCAAGUUCCCAGAUUCGAUGGAGGUGCACUUCCAGUGCACGAUACAGAUCUGCCGCUAUCAGUGCCCGGACCAAUGCUCCGACCCGACGCCCUCGCUACUGCACAACGACGGCCUCCUGCUCGAGAAUCACAGGGCGUCGAUCGGCCACGCUGACGUGGCUGCCUAUGGCAUAUCACCGCCACCUAUGCCCCUUGAGGCCUACCUUCAGUCGGUGGGUCGACCGAGGGACGAGCGUAGGCGCAAGAGUCGCGCCAUCCACUCCCCAUCAACCACCACCACCACCACCACCACCAGUACAACAGUGGCACCAAGCACCAGUCCAUCCCCAGCCAAAACAGUGGGCGUUAACCGCGUGAUCCGCGUAGUCUCGACGGGUGACCUGACCUUCUCGAUCGACGAGUCGACGAGCAACGACACGAGUGGUGCCGCCGAUGGCUCCUCCACCUCGACGAUGAUAUUCCCGGUGCGCGAGUCCCUGUCCGGUUCAGGAAACGGCAACCUCAUUUGCAUGACGACGUCUGGCUUCGCGCUCACCCUACUGUUGCUGUUCGCGGUUCUGCUCGCCAGCUGUGGCCUCUCGACGUACCUCUGCAUCAGACUGAGGCCUUUCGGCAAGAGGAUGAUGGUGCCCGCCGAGGCCGCCCUGACCGUCGGGGGCUUCGCCGUUCACGCGAUCCACGCCGAGCACAGUCACCUCGGCAAGUCCACCUGCUUCUAUUCGUAA